AUGACAUUCUCGGUCGCGCGUUCGGCGCCUUCACAUCUUGCGACCGGACUCAGGCCCACAUUCAGAGCGCCUCGCGCCUGCAUUGUCUCCAAGUGGCUCCAGUCACGCGGCCUGUCGAAGGCUCCUGUCGUCCAACAGGAAACCGUCCCCUUACGAAAACACCUCAAAGAUGAAGCCAAACGCAAGAAAGCCGAUGCGAAGAGUGCGCCGAACAGAAAGCCGUCUGCGGACUCUCGUCUCUCCAAAUGGGGCCUCACAGUGGGCAUCGAAGUACACGCCGAACUAAACACGGCCCAUAAGCUGUUCUCUCCCGCGCCCGCCCUUACCCAAGACGAAGACGCAGUCGCCAAUACCAAGGUUGCAUUAUUCGACGCGGCUUUGCCAGGUACGCAGCCGCAAUUUCAAUUGGGAACACUGUUACCAGCUUUGAGGGCAGCCAUUGCUCUGGGGUGCAAGGUACAGCGCAAGAGUGGGUGGGACAGGAAGCAUUACUUCCAUUGGGAUCAGCCGAAUGGGUACCAAAUCACACAAUACUAUGCUCCUUUUGCCAUGAAUGGCAAGAUAACGCUCACGGCGGAGGAUGGCGUGCCAUCUGCGGAUCUCGAGGGUGCUGAGUCUCUCGAGAUUGGGAUCAAGCAGGUUCAGAUGGAGCAAGAUACGGCGAAGACCACUACCCAUGGACAAUCCUUACAUCACAUCGACCUCAAUCGAUCCGGACAUCCGCUCAUCGAGAUCAUCACCUUACCGCAAAUCCACUCCCCGCAGACAGCAGCGGCUGUUGUCCGAAAGAUACAGGCCAUCGUCAAGAGCGUGGACGCCUGUGUCACUGGAAUGGAGCUGGGAGGAUUGAGAGCUGAUGUCAAUGUAUCCGUCCGGCAGCAAGGAACGACUGGUCAUUUGAGCUACAGAGGUGUGGAGGGCUUAGGUCAGCGAACUGAAAUCAAGAACCUUUCCUCAUACAAAGCAGUGGAAGAUGCGAUCAUCGCAGAGCGCGACCGACAGAUUGGUGUUCUCGAAGCUGGUGGAGUGAUCGAAGGCGAGACGAGAGGAUGGACUCUUGGAGCAACCGAGACAACUCGACUUCGUGGCAAAGAAGGCGAAGUGGACUACAGAUACAUGCCUGAUGCCGACCUACCUCCGCUCUUCAUAGGCCAAGAUCUGGUUGAACACCUCUCCAUGACCCUACCUGAGCUUCCUGAUGAGACUGUCGAGCGAGUACAGAAGCAAUAUGCUCUCAGCUUGAAGGAUGCCAAGACUAUAGUAUUGCUGAAUGACGGCGAUCGCCUCGAAUUCUUGGAGGAAACUGUUGAGCUUCUCAAGCAAAAAUUACCCGGCCAGGAGAACUCAACGACUGGCAAGACAGUUGGCAAUUGGGUCCUCCACGAGCUCGGUGGUCUGCUUCCUACUUCUGAUGCUUGGAAUGAUAUGCCAGUCACUGCUCGAGAGCUAGCGGAUCUCAUCGCCGCCCUUCUCCAGAAGCAAAUCACUGCACGGGUGGCGAAGCAGCUCCUCGCGACUUUGUACGAGACAGCAAAAUCGCAGCAUAGGCCGAGCGUGGAGCAUCUUAUUGAUGCUGGCAAUCUCCGCCUGCGGCCGCUUUCUCCACAGGAGUAUGAAGCUCUGGCAAAGCAAAUCAUGGACGAGAAUCCUGGAAUGGUCUCGGCCGUACGCGACAAAGGACAAACGGGCAAGACCAUGUGGUUUGUAGGCCAGAUGGUUCGCAGGGGAGAGGAGGGCACCGUCGAGCCACAGACGGCGAAGCAAGUCGUCGAGAAACUGCUCGCCUCGUGA